AUGGGCCCCCCUCCAUCUCAUGUGCAUCCCCAUUCCCUGCCUCAUCCCAUGCACCCCGGCGCGCCUAUGCCAUACCCGUUACAAGGCAUGCACGGUCCCACAUCGGGGCCGUCUCCGCCGCCUCCUCCUCUUCCCGGCAUGCUGAAUCAGCACGGCCAUCCCGUGAUGCAUGUGGGCCCUGGCCCCUCCGGAGUUCCCCCGCAUAUGCUGCACAUGCAUGCGCCGCAGUACCAGUAUCCGCCCUCGUCUCCGCCCAUGCACAUGCCCGGGCCUCCUCCGCCGGUUGCGCCGGCCCCCUUGCCCCCGAGCGCCGCUCCCGCCCCCGCGUUCCACGGCGCGCAUCUCAUGUCGUUGCUCACCGCGAGUGCAUCUCCCCCGCCUCCGGGUGCGCAGCCUCCGCCGCCCCCCGCGCAGGCCCCUCCGCCUCCCUCUUCCGCCUCCUCCGCUGCGCCAACGGCCGCGGAGAACGCUUCCGCCCCAGUAGAAGCGCCCUCUUCUGCUUCCAGUGCGCCUGCUCCUUCGGAUGCCGCUGCGCCUGCCCCUCUCCCCUCCGCCCCCUCCGCGCCACCCCCAUCCUCCCUUCCACCUGUGCUCGGCGCUCUUUUCGGCGCAACAGGCGCAACCGCCCCUCAAACUCCCCCUAGGGAGCCCGCUGCCCCGUCCGCUCCCCCUCCCCCUUCCGCCAACCCGCCGGCUGCCGCGACUCCCCCUUCCGCUCCCCCUCUCCCUGCAGCCGCGGAACAUUCUGAGCCGCCCCGCAGCGCCCUUCCGCUCCAGCUGCGCAGAUCCAAGCGCGGAGUGGGGAAGGUCUUACCUGGAGACGCGGAGGUGGUUUCUUACAGGGUGGAUAAGCGUGAUCUGUUAGAAGCAGGUCCGCCGCAGCUGGAGGUGUCGCCUAUAACGGUUUACGGGUCAGAGGAGGUGCUAGCGCCGGGCAGGCAGAUAGCAGUGAACAGGCGGUAUAUUAGCUAUGCGCUCAGGAACGCGAGCAUCCGUGUGCUUAAUAUUAAUACGGCCCUCCGCGCGCUCUUUAAAGGGCACAAGAAGCGCAUCACGGAUAUGGUGUUCUUUGCGGAGGACGAGCACCUCAUGGCCAGUGCGAGUGCGGACGGGCUGGUGGUGGUGAGGCGGGUGGAGGAGGGCCAGGGCAGCGACGCUGACCAAAUCUGUUUCUCUCAUCGCCUCCUUUCCUCUCCCCUCCUCUCCUGCCCUAUCACCCCUUGCGUGCCCGUCAUCAUCAGUGCGAGUGCGGACGGGCUGGUGGUGGUGAGGCGGGUGGAGGAGGGGCUGGGAAGUGAUGGUAAGGCAGCGAUCAGCGAGCGCGUGCUGGCAGUGCUGCAGCUCAAGGGCGCGUGGGGGGACAUUGCCGCGCCACAGCUAGCCUGGCACCCCCGGCAGAAGGACAUUCUCAUAGUCGCGUGCGACCGCUUCGUCCUCUUUGUCUCCAUCGCUGCAGCAGCCGCAGCAGCGCCCACCAAACCGCCCUCGCUCUCGGAUCCCUUUGUCAUCGACCUCACAAACGAACCACCAGCAGCAGCAGCAGGAGUAGGAGCAGGAGCAGGAGGGGCAGCAGGAGGGGCAGCUGAGACACGUGCGAUAGUGGAGGGGGUGAUUCUCCUCAAGGGGCACUCCGCGCCUGUGUCCUCAUUGCUGCCCGAGCCCUCUGCAUGCACGCUGCUCCCCACCCCCUCGCUAGACGGCACGGUGCGAGUGUGGAGCAGCACGGUGUGUGUGUCUGCCAUGACUCCACAUGCCGGCCAGCCUGUCUUUUCCGCCCUUUUCCUGCUGCCCCCCUCUGCUCCCUCCAACCACGCGCUCCUACUCACUGGGGGUCCCAACAACAGCGAGCUAAAGCUAUGGGCCUCCACCUCCUCCUCCUCCUCCGCCUCCGCCGCUCCCUCCUCUACCACCAGCGUGCAGCAGGACAACUGGCGCUGCAUUCACACGUUGCAGCUUCUAGCCGACGCUCCCCCGGUCAAACCCACCGCUGCGAAAAGCAGCGGCAGUACCAGCAGCGUGGGUGUGAGCGGCAGCAGCGGGGUGUUCUGCCAAUUGCAAGUGGUGCAAUCCCUGGGUCUGGUCCUACUCACUGACGCACUUCAGAAGGCCAUUUACGCUGUGUCUGUCCGCUUCGACCCGGCAUCCCCCGCUCUCUCCCGUUUCCAAUCCAUUGCUCAUUUUCUCCCUAUGUCAGCAUCCAUCCAGGCACUCAAGAGUGACGUGGCAGCACUGCAUUCCACUGUGCAAACGCUCCUGCAGCAGCAGAGGGAGGCAGCAAAGCACGUGCCAGCGCCGCUCCUCAAGGAGAGCAAGCGCCUCGAAGCAGCCCUGUCCCAGCGUGUCGACCGCGCCACCAAAACCCACGCCGACGCAUGCCAGUCCCGCAUCCAGGAAGACCUAGCAAAGGAAUCCGCCAAGCGGGAGAAAGCGGAGAAGGCAGCGCAGGGACAGGUGGUGGCAGCGGUGGCGGCGGCGGUGGUGAGUGGGAAUGUGCAGCAGGUGGUUCCGGCGGUGGAGGGAGCGGUGGCGAGGGAGGUGGUGGGGGCUGUGCGCAGCGCCGUGCUGCCUGCUCUCGACUCGGCUGUCUCGGCUCAGAUCAAGCUUCUUGGGCAGGGUCUCACGGAGGAUGUGCGUGCGCAUACCACUGCCCUCAUCCCACCAGCCAUCGCUUCCUCGCUGCAGGCAUCUCUCUCCGAUGCAGUACAGAGAGCCUUCACAGAGGCAGCAGUGCCAGCCAUGGAGCGGGCCGUGCGGGAGAUGCUCUCUCAGCUCGACCGCUCCCUGCGCUCGGGCCUCGCUGCCCAGCAGGCCGCACAGCAGGCGGCAGUGCAGGCAGCAGUGCAGGCGGCGGUGCAGGGAGCAGUGGAGGGGCAGAUACAGCAGCAGUUGGCAGCGCUGCAGCAGCAGCAGGUGGUGAAGAUGCAGCAGGAGAUGCAGGGCGUGACUUCUGCUGCUAAGGCCUCCAUUCAAGAAUCCGUUGCAUCGCUCAGCUCUGCCUCCUCAACUCUGCAGCAGCAUCUGCAGGCCCUCACCGCUCUGCCUGCUGCUGCCGCUGCUCCCACAGCUGCAGCCCCGGCAGCAGCAGCAGGAGUAGCAGCGCCAGGGGCAGCAGGAGGCAAGGCCGCUGCGACUGCUGCUGCUGAUGCUGCGCAAGGGAACGGAUUGGCCGGGAAGGCGGUGCCAUUGGAGCAGCUGGAAGCGGCACUGGACCCCACCAGGGAGAUCUCGCGUCUGCUGGCAGACGGCAGCUACGAGGCGGCCUUCACCCACGCGCUCUCCCUCUCUGACGUCGCCAUCGUCACCUGGCUCUGCUCCCAGGUGAAACCGGAAACCGUCUUCUCGGCCUCCCCACCCCUCAGCCAGGGGGUCCUCCUAUCCCUUGUGCAGCAGUUGAGCGUGGACCUACAAACUGACACCGCCACCAAGGUGCCUUGGCUCAUCAAGUCCCUCAUGACGCUCCAGCCGCGUCACCCCCAGCUGGGCGUGCACAUGCGGCCUAUUCUCGAGCAGCUGUACCAUGCCGUGCACCGCGUGCUUGCUUCUGCUGCCGCUAAGCCGGAGGGUGGUGAUGGGGUCGAUGGGGAAGUUCGUCCCUUCUCCUCUUCCGCCACUUCCGCCCACGGACCCGCGCGCGCCCUUUACAUCGUGCAUCUCCGCUCAGCCCCCCCCAUCGUGUCUUACCGCGGCGGUAUCCCCGGCUUUCCCCCUAUCGCGCCCCCGCAACCCCCCGACUCGGAUACGGGUGAUGAGGAGGGGGAUGACACCGGCGGGGACCCAUCAGGAAAUGCAGGCGAGGACCCAUCAGGAAAUGCAGGCGGAGCAGGGGGUGCAGGGGGAGCAGCGGGAUCAGGGGAAGCAGGGGGGGCAGGGGAAGCAGCAGGAGCGGUAGGAGCAGCGAGAGCGGCGGGAGCGGGAAGCGCGCACCGAGUUACCGCAAGCGCGUAUGGCGGAAAGCGGCGGCAGUGGCGGGUGAACCCGCGGCUUCCGCACGUGCGCGCGUUCAAGCGCAUGCUGCAGCGGCAGCAGCGCCUGGUGGCCGCUCACGCAGGCCUCCGCGCCGAGCAGCUGGUGUAUAGCUACGCCUUCGCAGGCAACUCAUUCGCGGCUCUUCUCUCCCCCCAGCAAGCCUGGCGCCUGUCGCGCCACCCAGCAGUGGCGGCAGUGCGGGGCAGCGCGGAGGUGCGCGCGCUCACCACCGCCACGCCCGCCUUCCUGCAGCUGCCGCAGUCGCUCUGGGCCGCUGCAGGCGGGGAGGGCAGCGCGGGGGAGGGCGUGGUGGUGGGGCUCGUGGACACGGGCAUCUGGCCUGAGCACCGGUCCUUCGCGAAUGAUUCGUCCGCACCCUACGGCCCCCCAUCUGCGUCCUUCCACGGGGCCUGCCCCACCUCCUCCGACUUCCCCGCAUCGUCCUGCUCCGGCAAGCUUGUGGGCGGAGGCAGCUUCCGGGCAGCACUGGAGGCGGGCGGCACGCGGAUAGACUGGACGCGCGAGUAUGCGUCGCCCCGGGACGCUGUGGGGCACGGCACGUGGUGCGCGGGAGCGGCAGCAGGCAACGGCAACACGGCAGCACAAAUCUCCCCCACGCAAUCCCUCGGGGAAGCAAGCGGCAUGGCGCCGAGGGCGCGCAUAGCCAUGUACAAGGUGCUGUGGCAGGUGGCGGGGGGGUAUGGCUCGGGCAACUACGCGGACCUAUUCGCAGCCGUGGAUCAGGCCGUAUCCGACGGUGUGGAUGUGCUGAGCCUGUCCCUGGGCGGGUACAACCCCUCGGCCACGUACUUUGAUGACCUGCCGUUCCUGCGUGCCCUUGAGGCGGGCAUAGUGGUGGUAUUUGCGGCGGGUAAUGCCGGUGCGCCUUCCUUCGCACGCACCAUCUACAACUUCUCCCCAUACUACAUCACCGUUGGAGCCAGCACCAUCAGUCGUUCAGUGACCUACUCCGGUGUGUCAUUCACCCAGGCAUCCUCACAGGCAUCUGCACUCUCGCUCUCAACAGCCACCUCUUCCACACCCACCUUCAACACCAGUACCGCCAACGCCACCACCACAACCACAAACCCCAACACUUCACCAUCACCAUCAGCAUCACCAUCGGCAUCAGCAGUACCACCAAACACAACUACCGCCGCCCUCGCGCCCCCAUACGUCGCCGACUUCUCCUCCACUGGCCCUCUCUCGCUCUCCUCUCGCCCGCGCAACGGUCGCCCCACCAACGACAUCCUAAAACCCGACAUCAUAGCCCCGGGAGUAAACCUCUGGGCUGCCGCACCCGCUGCUCGAAGGCUCGCCUCCCCUGCCACCUCUCUCUUUGCACAGCUGUCCGGGACUUCUAUGGCUACUCCGCAUAUUGCGGGGAUUGCUGCGUUGCUUGUUCAGCGGAAUCCGUCUUGGAGUGUUGGUCAGGUGAUGUCUGCGGUUACCACCACGGCUCGGGUUACGAGCAGCAACGGCCGGCCGAUUCAGAAUUGGGCGGGGAAACGGGCGAAUCCGUGGCAAAUGGGAGCGGGACACGUGGAUACGCUACGGCUGCUAGAUCCUGGGCUCACGUAUGAUCUCCGGGCGGCCGAUUUUCGGAAUUUUCUGGCCGGGCAGAACAUGGGACUGGCGGCAGCGGCGUAUCCUGGGGAGAGGCUUAAGGCGUAG